AUGCCAUACCGAUAUCAGCACUGGCAACCAUGUGUCUCGCGUGACCCAAACUCGUCGUCUCCGGCUCCUGGCUGGACGUCGUUCUUGCUUCGCCCUGACUUGAGCCUACUCAUCAUGGUGUCCCGUCCGAAGAAGGGAAGAACUCAGAGUACAGACUAUCAAGCGAGAUACUAUCUACUCUCUUGCAAGCAUAUCUCCGAUCUCCACCUCUGGAACCGUGAUGAAGGCUCUGCAGCUACCUACCCGAUAAUGUCCAAAUCGGUGCAAUGCCGCAUCCUGAGUAGGAUACAGGACCAAUUAGGCAUCGGCACAGAGAAGUUCAAUGAUCAUUGGGACAGAACAUUCAGUGAGGCGGCCCACCGUCCGAAUAUCAUCGGACGCUAUCCGGUAUGGUCCUGCUCCGAUCGAAAUUGGAAAGGCCCUGUUCAAGGAGGAGGCACAUGGAGACUUCUUUCCGGCAGCCAAGUCUCUGACUCUGAUCAAGCUGACUUGCGCUACAGCGUCUACCUCCAUGCCAACCCCAAGUUCGCCUCAACCGUCUUCAGUUCGCAAGAACACUUCAUCGGCUGCACCCGUUCGGCUAACUUCAAGGGGUCUGAAGCUUGCUCCCAUAAAGAUGACUACAGCACCACCACCCCCUCCUUCACGCGCUUUAUAUCCACAAAGGAGGAUGAUCCCUACGCCUUGUCAUUGACGAGUUGCGUCGGUGACAAUAGUCGUACCGCUGUAAUCAUUGGAGGUGGCGGAUACCAUCUGGUCGCGAGCAGCAACAAUAGCGUCUUGAAUUGGAACGAUAGUUCUUACCAGGCGCCAGGGUCUGAUUCCGCCCGGUGUUUGGGUUUAUAUGAUUUCGACUCGCACAACAUGCGAUCUUCUUCCAGAUGGCCUUCCAGAUGGCAUGAACCGGGUCAGGGAAAGAUCUUGCAUUUUUACUUGGAUCAAGAUCCCCGAAUCGUUGCAGUCCUACCGAGACGAAUGGGGCUCACAUGGUGCAUCAUCGUUCACAAUGCUGUUUCGUAUAGUGUUGAUGUGCUAAUGAUUCUGACCUGUUGUGCCAUGCUUACUGGCUGCGCGACUGCAUCCGCUAAAUCGCAAAACAACGGCAACAAAGAAUUUUCUGGUCAUCAACGACUCACGCAAUCUUCACAUCCCAUCAUUCUCAACAUCGAUCUGUCAAACAUGAGCGACAUGCAACUACCGAUCCAGGAUAUUUCCGAUCCGCAGGUUGACCUCGCCAACUUCAAGCUCCUUCCGACGGGCGAAAUCCUGCUCUAUGUCAAGAGAAACCACAUGACCACUGACGGUUGGAAGGUCAGGGCAUACUCGCUCAAUCAUUUUGUCCCCAAUGGAUCAGGCGGGUGGAAGUCUCCUGUUACAGGAAACCACUUUACUCGAGAUGAACUCAGAGCUUUCCUUGGGAAACUCCUCGAAGACAAGAUCAUGAAAAAUCCGGAUUUCAUCGGCCUCCUUCAGUUUGCGAACGAUGAGGCACAGCGUUCUGCAAACAAAGACGACUGGGAUUUUCCGACGAGAUCAUGGCCCUUCUAUGGCGCUCAGGAGGUCGAUGAAGAGACCCUCUCCCAUGCCAGAUCCUCGAUUGUGGCCGAGACGACUGAAAAGUCCAAAGACCCCAGAUACGAGGGCGCCACCGACCUGUUUUUCGGAUCGGCCGAUGCGCAAUCGAGCAUCGGCACCAACGAGACGUCUGAAACAUCGAUUCAAACUAGUUAG